AUGAUUCCUCGCGUCCACGGGAGGCUUAAUUACAACCGGGCUUGCCGCACGCUCCGCACAGGGCCCCACUCAGAGACAAGCUCCCUGCACGACAGCUGUCGGCAUUACCCGCACCGAGAGGGGAUCAGAGCACAGGAGGGGAGAGGCGGGGGUCGCCCCGCGGCGCGGCCAUCCGGCCACCGCCCUCUGCGCAACGCUGGCGGCGAGAUAAAGUCCUGGGCGCUAUCCGCGCCCCUCACUGCAUCGCCGCUGCGCCCGCACCUGGGCGCCCGGCACGGAACGGGUGCGGGGCUGGGCCACCGCGGGCCCGGGGGAGCGAGUGGGGCGGGGCCGCCGCGCCCGCCGCCUUCUCCUCCUCCCGCCGCCCGGGCUCAGAGCGGCGGCAGCAGCGGCCGCGGCGACAGCUCCGGCUUCGGCUCCGGCUCCCGCGCUCCCGGGCCCCGCGCCCCGACCCCGUCGCCGCUCCUGCCGGGGGCCUCGGGCGCCCCCGCCGCCCGCCUCACGCUGAAGUUCCUGGCCGUGCUGCUGGCCGCGGGCAUGCUGGCGUUCCUCGGUGCCGUCAUCUGCAUCAUCGCCAGCGUGCCCCUGGCGGCCAGCCCGGCGCGGGCGCUGCCCGGCGGCGCCGACAAUGCCUCGGCCGCCUCGGGCACCGCCGCCGUGUCCCCGGGCCCGCAGCGCAGCCUGAGCGCACUGCACGGCGCGGGCGGCUCGGCCGGGCCCUCCGCGCUGCCCGGGGCGCCGGCGGCCAGCGCGCACCCGCUGCCGCCCGGGCCGCUCUUCAGCCGCUUCCUGUGCACGCCGCUGGCGGCCGCCUGCCCGUCGGGGACCGAGCAGGGCGACGCGGCGGGCGAGCGCGAGGAGCUGCUGCUGCUGCAGAGCACGGCCGAGCAGCUGCGCCAGACGGCGCUGCAGCAGGAGGCGCGCAUCCGCGCCGACCAGGACACCAUCCGCGAGCUCACCGGCAAGCUGGGCCGCUGCGAGAGCGGCCUGCCGCGCGGCCUCCAGGACGCCGGACCCCGCCGCGACACCAUGGCCGACGGCGCCUGGGACUCGCCUGCGCUCAUCCUGGAGCUGGAGGACGCCGUGCGCGCCCUCCGAGACCGCAUCGACCGCAUCGAGCAGGAACUCCCGGCCCGCGUGAACCUCUCAGGUGUGCCAGCCCCAGCCCCUGCCUUGCCCACCACCCUGCACUCCAAGAUGGACGAGCUGGAGGGCCAGCUGCUGGCCAAGGUACUGGCGCUGGAGAAGGAGCGAGUGGCGCUCAGUCACGGCAGCCACCAGCAGCGGCAGGAGGUGGAGAAGGAACUGGACGCCCUGCAGGACCGCGUGGCCGAGCUGGAGCACGGGUCCUCAGCCUUCAGCCCCCCGGACGCCUUCAAGAUCAGCAUCCCGAUUCGUAACAACUACAUGUACGCCCGCGUGCGCAAGGCGCUGCCCGAGCUCUACGCCUUCACCGCCUGCAUGUGGCUGCGGUCCAGAUCGGGUGGCACCGGCCAGGGCACCCCCUUCUCCUACUCGGUGCCCGGGCAGGCCAACGAGGUCGUGCUGCUGGAGGCCGGCCACGAGCCCAUGGAGCUGCUGAUCAACGACAAGGUGGCACAGCUGCCCCUGAGCCUGAAGGACAGCAACUGGCACCACAUCUGCAUCGCCUGGACCACAAGGGAUGGCCUGUGGUCCGCCUACCAGGACGGGGAGCUGCGGGGCUCUGGCGAGAACCUGGCGGCCUGGCACCCCAUCAAGCCCCAUGGGAUCCUCAUCCUGGGUCAGGAACAGGAUACCCUGGGGGGCCGAUUUGAUGCCACCCAGGCCUUCGUUGGUGACAUUGCCCAGUUUAACUUGUGGGACCAUGCCCUGACACCUGCCCAGGUCCUAGGCAUUGCCAACUGUACUGGGCCGCUGCUGGGCAAUGUCCUCCCCUGGGAAGACAAGCUGGUGGAGGCCUUCGGCGGCGCCACAAAGGCCCCCUUUGACAUCUGCAAGGAGAGGGCCAAAGUAUGAGGGGCCAUCUUGUCCUGAGCCCUUCUCUUCCUGAUCUUGAGGGGGACACUGUCCCUCCUAAGCCUGUCCACACACUGGCCUUUCCUCCUGACCAUGUCCCAUUUCCCCUCAGCUGUACCCACACCUCUAGUACACCCUGCCUUGAGAUGGGUGUCCCCUUGGCCGCCUGGAUGGGGACGAGCAUCUCAGGUCCAUAGGUUGAGCCUGAGGCAAGUCUAGGCUCUGCCCACGCUCCUGGCAUUGCACUGGACCCGCCUCUCCCCUGCUCCACCCUGUCCCAUCAGUCCUGUCUGAUCCUGCUAAUCCCACGCAUCCCCCACAGGGGCGGCCUUUGGUCCCCAUGUCCCCCAUCAGGCUUGGUCCCUUCCCCUCAGGCCCACAACAGGCUGUAGAAGGGGAUGAUGGAGACAUAGGAGGUCAGACACCUCCUCCAUCUUCCCUCCAGCUGUCAGUCAAGGGCAGCAGGGUCACGAUGGAACCACCUACCCUUGCCCUCCUUUUUCCUCUUCCCUGUUUCUUUGUGUACAGUUUUGAUUGUUGAUUCCAUGCCCAGGCCAGUCCCACCUCAGCUUCCAGAACAUUCCCUUUCCAUCUCCAGCCUAGAAGGCUAGGGAUCAAGACCCCCAGAGGCCAAAGGGCUGUAGCACCCCUUGUGCCCCUGGCAGCUGUGCUCACUGGCAUGGUCUCCCCUCCCCCACUGUGCCACUUCAGCCUGGGCUGGGAGCAGGCAAGGCAGAGGCAGUAUGAAUCCAAGGCACCUGGCUGCUGGCAGAACCACAUUACCACCCCCCUCUGCAUGGCCCUGGGAGGAAGGAAAAAAGCUGAGAGGGUGAGAGAGGCAAGGCACUGGGUGAGAGAGGAGAGCACCGGGUUCCUAACCAGCCAUGUUGUGUGGCCUUCAGUAAGUGCCUGCCCUCGCUGGGCCUGACUUUCCUCCUCUGUGAGGUGAGGCCCUUUGUACUGGUCUUUUCUGAGACUCUCCAGAUGGAACAAGAUGAUCCCAGGUAGAUGGAGUGGGGGAAACCUGAAGACCCAGGGGCUUAGCAGGGGCAGGUCCUGGAACUGGAUAGCAGAUGAGAUCAGGCUAGGAAGGGGUUAGGAUCAGCAGUUGUCAUCAAGGAUCAGGGUCAAAGGCAAAGUUCAAAGCAGACCAGACUCACAUAUGGCUUAUGAACAUGAGCUCCCUCUGGAUCCCCCCAGCCUGGCACCUUGCCUAUCUGAGAGUGUCUCAAAGGACUAGUGGCUUCCUGGUCCCCACCCUUGAGUCCUCACCAGUUCCCCCAAGAGAGUGGAAGAAUGCCAGAACUGAGAAAAACCAUCCAGUCUGACCUCUUGCUUGGGAGAGAUAAGGAAAUGAUCAGAGAGGGCAAGUAACUUGCACACAGUCAAACAGCACAAUGGGGCAGGCCCAGAACUACAACCCAGGACUUGACUCUUCUUCAGUGUUCUCCCUCCAAGCUCUCCUGCCUGCCCUUAUGGGUCUUUGAGUUCAAGCUACGCCAAUGGGGGUGGACAUUUGAGAAGCCAGAAUGCUUUCCAACACGGCACUGAGACAUCUGUAUGCAACACCCAAAUAUCUUGGCACCCCCAUGAGUGUAGGGGGGCCCCUGAGCAUAGGCAGAAUGCAUAGUUGAGGGCGCAGGUGUUCUUCCUUGGCCAGGCACCUCCCAGGUGUCUGAGCAAUAACUGGCUACCUGACUCCAGUGGGCAUGAGUGCCUCUGACCCCCUUUUUGUUCCCAUCUCUGCUUCCCACGGCCACUCAGCCUGAGACAUGACGCAAGAGCGGCAGGCUGUAGAGCCCUGUGCCAGGAAGUGUGUCCAAGACUUGUUCCCUCCGGCCCUGAUAUCCCUGUUUCCAUUUCGAGAGCACAAAUAGAUUGCUCAGCACCUCCCCUGGAAGACAGAGCCAUGGCAGCUUCAGCUGGCCCUGCUGAGAUCCGGUUGCCCGGUAACGGCCAAUGAUAUCAGCCCCGGUGCUGGGUCAAAUGUCUCAACAUGAUGACACAAGCUGUUGCCAGGUGACAGCAGGAUUCAGAACUUAGACUUCAGGGACCUUGAGCAUCAUCAGGUGCUUGCCAUUGUUUGGGAAGAGGUAGCUUUCAUGGAGGCUUUGGAAGGAUAGGGUCUUAUGAGAGAGGUGACAGAAACUCCCUGGUCACCUGAGCCCACCCAGACAUGUCACUCCAACUCCUUUGUGCUUUGUCACUUUGGUGAUGAGAGAUUUGAUGUCUUAGUUUCUUUCCUGUGCCAAGAUAACCUGGUGGGCCCUCCCGAGGGAACAGAACAAAUGGAGACAUUAGAGUGUGGCUCUGAGUGUAGAUCGCUGGGGAAGGGCCUGGCUCCCGAUUCCCAAAGUCCCCACCCCUCCCUCAGCUACUUAUUGUUCUAUGAAAAUUUAUCGAGCACCUUCUGUUUAGACUCCAGUUUUGAUGGCUUCUGCUGUUCCCAGGCAUGACCAAGAAGACAGGGAAAGAGGAGCCGAGCGUGGUGCUCAGCUGUGACCCUUAGCUGCCCCUGGCUGCUGACGAGGGUGGUCCUCUGUUUGUUAGGGCUCUUCAGGGCAUGCGGCACUGAGCUGAACACUGUGGGCACAUCUGGUUUAUCCUCGUGAUUAUGAGUUAGGACUAUUCUUAGCACCGUGAUAUAGGGGGGAAGCCAGGGCUCAGAGAGGAGAUGCAACCUGCCUGGUGUCCAUCAGCCAGCCGGUGAUGGGGUACAGAUUUCAGUCCAUAGCAGGUUGCAUCCAUGGCCCACCCAUCAGCCUGAGGAAACCAGUAACCCCACUCUGGAUUGGGCGCAUCGCUCCGGUUGUGUUUCAGCCUGGAGAGAUGUGCCCACCCUCAUUCAGAGUGGCAGGAGGAACAGAGGUUCAGGACGGAUGGGCUCCAGGGCCAGUGCCCUUGGAGAGGUAGUGGGAGGGGUCUCGCACCUAUGCCCCAGCCUCAGCCUCCUCUACCUGGGCUGCAGUUUCCAGAAGGAGUCCCGGCAGGCAAGGGUGGGUUUGGCUCUUCCUCACACUCCCACUUUGAGCCCAGCCCUGUGUCAGGUGCUUCACAGCUGUUCUCUGCCAGACUUUCCCACCUUUAUGGCAUAUGGUACCCCCACGCCCUAAGGGACAUAUCCCCUUGCUACAGUUGUGCAUGACCUGAGAUGGCAGGUUCAGCCCUUGCUUUACAGAUGAAGCUGAGACCCAGCUGGGAGGGUGAGUGACCCAUGAGGCCGCUCCACUGAGACUCAGGAGCCACCUUGUAACCACUUGUAGUCUUCUCCACAACACAGUGGCCCCCUCCUUCAGAACUGGGUCCCUCCUACAGGUCCAGCACCCUUGGCCUGAGCAAACUGAGAUGGCCCCUCCUAGAAAUGGAUCAGUCCCCUCACCCCUUUAUUACAACUUGUCACCCCAAACCUCACCUGUCCCCUACUCCUAUGGGGUGGGCCUCAUGGCCCAGGCUGAGCAGACAGCAUGUCAAGUCGUCGGACACUGUGAAAUUAGUGCCCCCUACUGACCACCCCUUCUAACCUCCCCUGCCCCUACCUUCACCCUCUUUUGUACAUAGUGACAUGAGAUGCAAUGUGUGUGCGUGUGCGUGUGUGUGUGUGUGUGUGUGUAUGAGAUCUGUGUCAUGGUUUUUGUUACCUUUUUGUCUUUGUAAAUUUGAAUGUUCAAAAUAAACAUGGUUUACUCAGAGGCUUUUUGAUGUGGGUGUGUACCUUGGGUACUGGACAGGGCAGUGCCUGUGGCUAG